CCUGUCGCCGCAUAUAUCCCUCAGUGGAUUGGGUUGGUGAGGCCAGCCCUGUCGCCCCAUAUAUCCCUCAGUGGAUUGGGUUGGUGAGGCCAGCCCUGUCGCCCCAUAUAUCCCUCAGUGGAUUGGGUUGGUGAGGCCAGCCCUGUCGCCCCAUAUAUCCCUCAGUGGAUUGGGUUGGUGAGGCCAGCCCUGUUGCCGCAUAUAUCCCUCAGUGGAUUGGGUUGGUGAGGCCAGCCCUGUCGCCCCAUAUAUCCCUCAGUGGAUUGGGUUGGUGAGGCCAGCCCUGUCGCCCCAUAUAUCCCUCAGUGGAUUGGGUUGGUGAGGCCAGCCCUGUCGCCGCAUAUAUCCCUCAGUGGAUUGGGUUGGUGAGGCCAGCCCUGUCGCCCCAUAUAUCCCUCAGUGGAGUGGGUUGGUGAGGCCAGCCCUGUCGCCGCAUAUAUCCCUCAGUGGAUUGGGUUGGUGAGGCCAGCCCUGUCGCCCCAUAUAUCCCUCAGUGGAUUGGGUUGGUGAGGCCAGCCCUGUCGCCCCAUAUAUCCCUCAGUGGAUUGGGUUGGUGAGGCCAGCCCUGUCGCCCCAUAUAUCCCUCAGUGGAUUGGGUUGGUGAGGCCAGCCCUGUCGCCGCAUAUAUCCCUCAGUGGAUUGGGUUGGUGAGGCCAGCCCUGUCGCCCCAUAUAUCCCUCAGUGGAUUGGGUUGGUGAGGCCAGCCCUGUCGCCCCAUAUAUCCCUCAAUCUAACAGGCCUGUGUUGCUCACACCACAAGACUAAGGGGUUAAACAUUAAUGCUAGCUCUGCUCAACUGCUCACACACACACAUAUGCGUACACACACACACAAACCCAGUCACACAUAGUCACACACACACACACUAAUCGACAGGGCAUGUAGUCAAAGACGAGGGUCGGGAAGGGAGACUUUGAGUGUUGGGAUCAGGAAAGUCUGAUGAGUGAUCCUCCCCCUGAUCCCGUCCUCCGUCAUGGUCGACAUGGAGAGCCACUGCCGGCCGCCGUCCCCCCUGGAGGAUUCGGUGCUGGGCAGCCCGCUGUGUGGGGACUUCAUCGGGGGCAUGGAGGAGCUGCAGGACAUCUCCCAAUCCAUCGACGGUGACGCCCACAGCUCCUUUGACGUCCCUGAGUACCAGUCCCAGUCGAGUAACGGCUCUGGCUCUGAAGGAUCCACCAUUCUAGAUGCUCUGACCCCAGCCUCCAGCCCGUCGUCGGGAGUGUAUGGGGCAAUCGCAGGGCAGGAGGAGUUCUCCUCCACCUCUCUCAACCUGGAGUGUCGGGUGUGUGCCGACCGCGCCUCCGGAUACCACUACGGCGUUCACGCCUGUGAGGGCUGCAAGGGUUUCUUUCGGCGGACCAUCCGCCUCAAGCUGGAAUAUGACAAGUGUGAGCGCCGCUGUAAGAUCCUGAAGAAGAACCGGAACAAGUGCCAAUACUGCCGCUUCCAGAAGUGCCUGUCUGUGGGCAUGUCCCACAACGCGAUCCGUUUUGGUCGGAUGCCCCAGUCAGAGAAGCUGAAGCUGAAGGCAGAGAUCCAGACGGGGGACAGGGAGGUGGAGGACCCCCAGCAGGCCGACCAGAAGACCCUGGCCAGGCACAUCUACGAGGCCUACCUCAAGAACUUCAACAUGAACAAGGCCAAAGCACGCACCAUCCUCACCGGAAAGACCAGCACUCCACCAUUUGUCAUCCACGACAUGGAGACGCUGCAGCUGGCAGAGCAGAACCUGGUGGCCAAGAUGGUGGGCACGGCCGGGGGCCAUCUGCUGGAGAAGGAGGCUGAGGUCCGCAUCUUCCACUGCUGCCAGUGCACCUCCGUGGAGACAGUCACAGAGCUGACUGAGUUCGCCAAGUCUGUCCCCGGCUUCUCCAGCCUGGACCUGAACGACCAGGUGACUCUGCUGAAGUACGGAGUGUACGAGGCACUGUUCGCCCUGCUGGCCUCCUGUAUGAACAAGGACGGCCUCCUGGUGGCCUACGGAUCGGGCUUCAUCACCAGGGAGUUCCUCAAGAGUCUGAGGAGGCCCUUCAGCGACAUGAUGGAACCCAAGUUCCAGUUCGCCAUGAAGUUCAACGGGCUGGAGCUGGAUGACAGUGACCUGGCCUUGUUUGUGGCCGCCAUCAUCUGCUGUGGAGACCGUCCUGGCCUGGUGAACGUUGGCCACAUCGAGCGAAUGCAGGAGAACAUUGUUCAGGUGCUGCGGCUCCACCUGCUGGCCAACCACCCAGACGACACCUUCCUCUUCCCCAAGCUGCUGCAGAAACUGUCCGACCUCCGGCAGCUGGUCACCGAGCACGCUCAGUUGGUCCAGGAGAUCAAGAAAACAGAGGACAUGUCGCUCCACCCCCUGCUGCAGGAGAUCUACAGAGACAUGUACUGAGAUACUGAGCCUAGAAAGGAGGUUGCCCGCUAUUUUGGGGACAACUGCGUGAACAGUCUCUCUGAACAGUCCCACCGUGAUAGGAUUGAACCACUGGACCCCCAGAUGCAGGGUUGCUCAUCUUUCUCGGGAGAGAUGAAUCCCAGACAGGACAGGACAGGACAAUAGGACUAUACUCUGGGCACCUGCAGUGGGGUCCACUACUCCCACAGGGACCUAUAGGGCCGUAUUAUCUGUGUGGAGGGGCAAUAUGAAGCUGAAUUGAGUGUCCUGUCCCAGUGUUUGUCCUAACUAGAGAACAUGUAUUGGGUUGGGUUUAGACACCUUUGUCCAACGUCAGAAAGAAGUACACGGAUCAAAUAAUAAAUUGCUUUUUUGGGUAACAAUGACUGUGUUUAGACAGGCAGCCCAAUUCGGAUAUUGUUUUCACAAAUUGGUCUUUUGACCAAUCAGAUCAGCUCUGA